CAGUCUCUUCACAGUACCAACCCACAUCACCAUGGCUCGUAUCAUCCUUCUGUUAGCGGUAACUCUGUUCGCUGCAGUGUCCGGUCUAUCAACCGGAUUCCAUCCGCUGCGUCCCUGGUGGAAUAGCCGCACUUCCGGCGGUCGUGUCGUCGGCGGUUAUGAAGUGGACGUCAAAGACAUACCCUUCCAAGUGUCUCUCCAGAACACCUACGGUCACUUCUGCGGUGGAUCAAUCAUUUCGGAACGUUGGGUGUUGACCGCUGGUCACUGUGCCAGCCCUAGAGACCAUGGCUUGAAGGUGCGUGUCGGUUCCAGCCAGCAUGCCUCCGGUGGACAGCUGUACAAAGUUGCAAAGAUUCACCAACAUCCGCAGUACAACCCAUCCACCAUUGACUACGAUUUUUGUUUGUUGGAGCUGGAAAAGGCGAUCACUUUUUCCGAAGUUUCUCAAUCCGUUGAUCUACCGAAACUGAACGAUCCAGUCCAGGAUGGUACUUUGCUGCAGGUUUCGGGCUGGGGAUAUACUCAAAACCCUUCGGAAUCUCGGGAUGUUCUGCGGGCUACCAACGUUCCGGCCGUGUCGCAGAAAGAAUGCAGCCGUGCUUACCAGGGUACAAAUGCCGUUACCGAUCGAAUGGUAUGUGCCGGUUACAAGGAAGGCGGCAAGGACUCUUGCCAGGGUGAUUCCGGUGGUCCAUUGGUCGAAGGCAAUACCCUGGUCGGAGUUGUUUCCUGGGGUGUUGGAUGUGCUCAGGCCGGAUACCCAGGUGUGUACUCCCGGGUGGCUGCUGUUCGCGAUUGGGUGGCCGAAGUCAGUGGAGUUUAGGAACAUUGCAUAAACCUGAGACAUGUAAACGGUUUGGGAAAAUUUUAUUAAAUAAAAAUAAAUGAAAUUUUAAUUCCAA